AGCGCCUGCUGCAGGAGGCAGUGUCGGGGUCUAUAGCAGUGCGUGCGUCCGGGGCAUUUGGUUUCUUUGAAGAUCAGAUUGUGCGUUGCUGCGUUCUCGAGCAGCAGGCGAAGCAGGCGGCAGAUGCGGUGAUUGGUGUGCGAUCGUUGAUUCAGGCAUUUGCCGAGUAUUCGGCUGUUUACAUUCUGGCCGUUGGAAUGCUAUGGCGGUCGGCAAGUGGACAGCACGAUUGAGCUGGGGGCGGGCGACCUCCAGUACCAGUAUCUGACGCUCAAGGUAGUUAUGCCGAUUAUCAGCAAUCUGGCUGGGAUAAGGCAGCUGUUCAUCAACAACGUAUAUCCGAUCCAGGAGGUUUACGACAAGGCGCAUAUGGAGGCUGAGGCACCGGCGCACGUCGAAAAUAGCGAGCUGACAGCAGACUGGCCAGAGCACGGGCAGGUCGAGUUCCGCAACUACAGUAUGCGGUUCACGGCGAAGCAGGACCGGGCACUGGCGGACGUUUCGCUUCAGAUCAAGAGUGGGGAAAGGAUUGGAGUGGUCGGGCGGACAGGGGCAGGCAAGACGUCGCUGUCGCUGGGGUUGUUCCGUGUGAUCGAGGCAGAGUCAGGGUCAAUAUUGAUCGACGGUGUGGAUAUUGCACAGGUUGGUCUGCAUGAUUUGCGGUCGCGGCUAGGAAUUGUGUCCCAGGAUCCGGCGCUGUUCCACGGGACAUUGCGGUUCAACCUUGACCCGCUGCAGAGGCAUUGUGACAGAGAGCUGUGGGAGGCAGUGGAGGCUGGCGGCAUUGUAGAGAUGGUAGAGUGUAGCCGCGGCAGGCAUGAUCCCGAGCGUGGGUGCUGCCUGGGUCGGUUUGUGGAGUGUGGGGGCAGAAACUUCAGUGCGGGUCAGCGUCAGUUAAUCUGCCUAUGCCGGUUGCUGGUCAGCAGGAGGCAAGUGAUAGUGUUGGACGAAGCCACGGCUAAUAUCGACAGCGAGACCGAUAGUCUGAUCAGACGCGUGGUCCAGCGCGACUUUAGGCACAGCACCGUGAUUACCAUUGCGCACAGACUGGAGUCUGUGCUUGACAGUGACCGAAUUGUGGUCAUGGAUAACGGGCGUGUAGUGGAGCUUGGGCCACCCAAAGAGCUGGCCAGCAAUCACAACGGGCUGUUUUCCCAGCUGCUGGCAGCUCAAAAGCAACGGGAGAAGCAUCAGCAGCAGUAAAUGUUUUCAUGUAGCUGUUUGUAAGGAAUGCGGUAAGAAAAAGUGAGACAAAAUAUAGAACCAUUUAAUUAAUCGUGGGAAGUAGGGGAAGGGAUCAUUGCUGCUCGGCCUUCUUGGU